AUGCACUUGUUGCCCUCCUCCCUCAGCCUACUUUAGUUCUCACACAGGGACGGGGCACCCAGACUUGGUGGGAGAUAGGCAGAAGCUGGGAGGGAAAUAAUAUCUGCAGUGAGCUGAAGUCCAGAGGCAGAACCAUUGGACUCCAUUUACCUCCUCAAGAGCCUGUGACCCGAAGGCUGAGCUCAAGGACACUCUUGGCAAGUCAGUGAAGUUUUCCCCUUGCUCUACCUGUUGACCUCUGCUCUUCCCUGAUUACUGCUGAAAAAUGGAGCGAUCCACACAAGAACUUUUCCUCAACUUCAUGAUUGUUCUGAUUACUGUAUUGCUCAUGUGGCUUCUUGUGAAGUCUUAUCAGGAGUAAAAGACAAUCAGAAACUCUGGGAGGUGAUUUAAGUGUGUAUCUCUGCAGACAAAAGUAACAAGUAACACCCACAGCACACCACUGUGAUUAGCUUUCAGUCAACUGAGGAUGUCAGAAAUUUUUUUUACUCUCUUGUAUCUGUUGUCUGUGACGGGUCUAUGAUGGUGUAAUUAUUUUAUUCUGCAAUGAUGCAGCUGUAAAAUUUAAAAUGCAAGAUCCUUAGGAACUGUUCGAUGUGGCUGUUUCCUCCGGUAGCUGCUGUGAAUGCUGUAACCCCCUGCCUGCCAUGCCAGCUUGUUCGGCAUCGGUGCUAGGUUCUCCAGGGUGUAAAACUGCAGUAUGCAAUGUAAUUCUCUGUAUUAACCAUCGUAAGAGGCAUAAACUUGCUUAGCAGAAAGGAAUGUGAAAUCUCUACUUUCACUUGCUCGUUUCACUUAAAUAAAGAACAUGUAAAAUGA